ACACUGCAUAAUAGGUGAGGGGGAAAGGAGUGCCCAAAAAGGCAUUCAGCGCGUUUUUUUUCUCUUACAUUGUACUUUGAAAUGAAAACUACCUGAAGUUGUAAAACAGAACGCUGGGUGGCGCUGCAGGACAAGAGAGUAAAAACCUCUCCACGAUUCCAAGACUACGUAAAGCCGUAAAGCCGUCUCCGACAGCUUGCAAAGGAAGCAUUUUACACCACCGGAGCUAGAGGGUUUCAGAGAGGCCGCUACCCCCAUCCCCACGUCAGUCAAUGUUAGGAACUGACUCAAGAUUAUUGAACUAAGAUAGCAGAGUUGGCUGCAAAGCAAUCAUUUUGUGAUUUAAUACUGGAUCUUUUGGACAAGGAGGAAGGAUGGAGACGCCGCUCCCCAAAGCGCCCCGGAAAAGGCAAGUGACCGCCAUUAUUAUUCUAUUACUAUUGUGGGAGGCGGGCGGUGCGACCAUUAACUAUUCCGUUCUAGAAGAGAGGGAGAGCGGCUCUUUUGUGGCCAACCUCGCAAAAGAUCUGGGUCUGGGCUUAGGGGAGCUGGCCGCGCGUGGCGCCCGGAUUCUAUCCAAAGGGAACAGACAGCAUUUGCAGCUCGAGCAGAAGAGUGGGUAUUUGCUCCUCAAAGAAAAAUUGGACCGGGAAGAGUUGUGUGGUGACACGGAUCCGUGUAUACUGCAUUUCCAGGUGUUACUGAAAAACCCGCUGCAGUUUAUUCAAGGGGAACUCCAGCUCCGAGAUGUAAAUGACCAUGCCCCAGAAUUCUUGGAACAGGAAAUCCUCCUGAAAAUCCCGGAAAGCAGCCAUCCUGGGACUGCAAUUCCUUUGAAAACAGCUCAGGACUUAGACGUGGGCAGCAACACAGUUCAGAACUACACCAUUAGCACCAACCCCCAUUUCCACCUUUUCACUCGCAGUCACAGCGAUGGCAGGAGGUACCCCGAGCUGGUGCUGGACAAAACACUGGACCGUGAAGAGCAGUCAGAGCUCAGGUUAACCCUCACGGCGCUGGAUGGCGGGUCGCCGCCCAGGACUGGGACUUCCCAGGUUGUCAUUGCAGUCCUGGACAUAAAUGACAACGCCCCUGAGUUUGCCCAGCUGCUCUAUGUGGUGCAGGUCUCAGAGAACAGCCCUGUAGGCUCCCUUGUCAUCACCGUCUCCGCUAGAGAUUUAGAUGCUGGGACCCAUGGCGAGCUCUCCUACUCGUUUUUCCAAUCAUCAAAUCAAGGCAUUCAGGUGUUUGAAAUAAACGCAGUCACGGGAGAACUUCGGUUAAAAAGAAUGCUGGAUUUUGAGGAAAUUCGGUCUUACCGUAUGGAAAUUGAGGCCUCAGACGGUGGAGGCCUUUCUGGGAAAUGCACCGUAGCCAUAGAAGUGAUGGAUAUAAAUGACAACGCCCCGGAACUGACCAUGUCAUUACUCAUCAGUGACAUCCCAGAAAACACCCCAGACGCUGUGGUAGCUGUUUUUGGAAUUUCAGAUCCAGACUCUGGAGACAAUGGCAAAAUGACUUGUGUCAUCCAAGACCAUCGCCCCUUCCUACUGAAACUUACUGUAGAAAAUUUCUACACCUUGGUAACAGAAGGAGCGCUGGACAGAGAGAGUCAGGCCGAGUACAACAUCACCAUCACCGUCACCGACAUGGGGACCCCCAGGCUGAAAACCCAGCACAACAUCACCCUGCUGGUCUCCGACGUCAACGACAACGCCCCCGCCUUCACCCAAACCUCCUACACCCUGUUCCUCCGCGAGAACAACAGCCCCGCCCUGCACAUCGGCAGCGUCAGCGCCACAGACAGAGACGCGGGCGCCAACGCCCAGCUCACCUACUCGCUGCUGCCGCCCCACGACCCGCAGCUGCCCCUGGCCUCGCUGGUGUCCAUCAACGCGGACAACGGCCACCUGUUCGCCCUGAGGGCGCUGGACUUCGAGGCGCUGCAGGCGUUCGAGUUCCGCGUGGGCCACAGGCUGCUGGUGCUGGUCAAGGACAAUGGCGAGCCCGCGCUGUCUGCCAGCGUCACGCUGCACGUGCUGCUGGUGGAUGGCUUCUCGCAGCCCUACCUGCCGCUGCCGGAAGUGGCGGCCGACCAGGCGCAGGCCGACCCGCUGACCGUGUACCUGGUCAUCGCGUUGGCGUCGGUGUCGUCGCUGUUCCUGUUCUCGGUGCUGGCGUUCAUCGCGGUGCGGCUGUGCAGGCGGAGCAGGGCCGCCUGGGUGGGUGGCUGCUCGGUGCCUGAGGGCCACUUUCCGGGCCACCUGGUGGACGUCAGCGGCACAGGGACCCUGUCCCAGAGCUACCAGUAUGAGGUGUGUCUCACCGGAGUCUCCGGAUCAAAUGAGUUCAAAUUCUUGAAGCCUAUUAUCCCUAACCUCCUACCCCAAGGCGCUAAUGAAGAAAUAGAGGAAAAUGCCACCUUCCAGAAUAACUUCGGAUUCAAUUAGGAAUCGAAUCAUGAUGCAGUGUCUUUUGUAAGAUCUUUAGUUCCUCCAGGUACAGAGUUUGAGAGCGUAAUGGACAAAAAUCCUAACUUUAAGUAUAGCCUGGAUUUUCCUUUUGGGUGUCAGUGGCAUCCCCAUUAUGAGGUGUGUCUGAACAGAAGCUUAGGAGUUAUCGAGUUCAUGUUCCUCAAACCAACUGUCGGCAAGUUUAUGUGUGAAUGGGGCUGGUAGGGACACCGAGGAAAACUCUAACUUUACAAAUAAUUUUGAGUUCAAUCAGGAAUCUCAUCUUGACAAGACCUGAUAAAUGAUAAUAUACAUUCGGGUAUUUCCCAACCCUUGCAUUCACAGAAGGGCUUACAUAUUCACACAUUCAUAAUUAUUGCCAUAUUUAUAGUUAUUGCAACCUGUUGAAGUAUUUCAUAUUCUGAAUCUCUAGGUGUUUUUGUUGUUUUAUCAGGUUUUCUCCCUCACAUUUUGCAUGAUCCUACAAUAGCAGAGCACUGGUGUUUCUCAGGAUUUCGGGGUAAGAUUUUUGAAGUUAUCAAUGUUUUCAGAUUCCUGAUAUUUUAGCUUGUUCACUGAUAUAUUGUUAUGAUUACGAGAAUUGUGUUUAAUGAUUAUCAUCAGCAUGAGUCUAACUAAUGUAAAUGAUGGCUUUUAGUUUUAAAAAUAAUUUUCAUUUAUGCAAAAAUUACUGUGACCUUGUAAAUUAUUUGAUUCCUGUAAUGUUGUUUCAAAAACACUGCCGUAGAUUUUCAAAUGAACUAAUAUUUUAGCUGGAUGUUUUCUAAGUUGAGUAUUUUCUUUCAAAAUUGAGAGCAUGUAGUUAGACCAC